CUGAUAUCAAGGUGAUUGACUUUGGCUCCGCUUGUUUCACAAGAGAGACAAUAUACUCCUAUAUCCAGUCGAGAUUCUACAGGUCCCCCGAAGUUCUCUUGGGAUUACCAUAUGCUGAGUCCAUUGACAUGUGGUCUUUGGGAUGUAUUGUAGGAGAAUUAUUCUUGGGUUUACCGUUGUUCCCCGGAACGUCGGAGUAUAACCAGGUUUGGAAAAUCGUGGAUAUGUUGGGACCAAUUCCACGGCACAUGAUCGAGGUUGGGAAAAAUUCAAUGAACUUCUUUAAGAAGAAAGACAAUGGGCCUGACACUAAACCCACUUAUGAAAUGAAAACAUACGAAGAAUACCUUGACUUCUUGAAGCAACAUGAAAAGGAAGAAAAGUACAAGAAGGAAGAAAAGAACAAGAAUUACUUUAAGCAGAGGUCCUUGAAAGAUAUCAUCAUGCACUACAAAUUGCCUUCCAAGAAGAUGACGAAUUCCAUGGUUGAGAAGGAGUGUGAAGAGAGACUUUUACUCGUGGACUUUUUAACUAAGGUGCUCAACAUGAACCCAUUGGAAAGAUUGAGUCCACAAGAAGCAUUGAAACACCCGUUUGUCAAGAAUGUCGAAUUACUGAAUGCUUUCAAUACCACCGGUAACAAUCAAACCCACAAUACCAGGUUCCAACAUGGUAAUCACUUUAACGAAGCAUAACUAAUAUAACUAUAAUCUCUUUGAUUGGUAGUGUAAGUGCCCACAAAACCAACUUCGCGAAAAAUAUUUCACUUGAUAAAAAUACACUAACGCUCUUUCAAAGCUUUAUACCAAUAUCGUACCAAAAGCCGGUAGUGAAAGAUGAAUGUUAGUACCAGUGCGUUCGGCGUAAGAAGAAGAAAACCUACGUCACAAGUAGAUGAUGAGGAAAAUGCUGCGACGUUGAAGUUGGGUCAAGAGUUUCAGCUACACCAAUUGACCAACAGUGGAGAAACUGAACAAUUAAUUGCUUUGAAUACAUCGGAAGCACGGCUCUUGAUAAGAGCCGCCUUAAAGGAAAGAAAAAACAAGGGGAAACGGCCAAUGGACAUCGAAGAUGAUGAUGAUGAAAAUGGUAAAGAAGACGAGAUAUCUAAUCUAGAUUUGGCCGGUCCUAACUCUAAUGAAAUUAUCCAAAAGACGUUGAACUAUUUGGCUACUUUCGGUAGGUUCAAGAACUCUUCGUCAACAGAAACUGUGGAAAAGCUUUUGGCAGACUUUGGUUCCUCUGCUUCAGAUCCUUUACAUCCUUUUGAAAUUGCUCAACUAGGAACUUUGGAAUGUGAUGACUCGGAGGAAGCCAAGUCCUUGAUCCCAAGCUUGACCAACAAAGUGACCGACACCCAGUUACAGAAUUUGCUUAAUGAAUUAAGAAAAUACCAAACAUUGUCAUAACCUUCCACCAAUAAAAUCCGUACAUAAACGACUCAAAAACAAAUAUUUGUAAAAUAACUAGAAGAACCAGACUAAUAAAUGAUAAAGCAUUGGGACCAUGGCGGCGAACUUUAUAUACGAUGAGUUUGGAAAUCUCAUUGGAGGAGAAGAUUCAGAUUCAGAUAAUCUUUCAGAUAUAUCUGGCGAUGAGGAAGAAGUGAAAGAUGAUGAUGAUGAAGAAGAAGAACCAAAUGAACUGCAACAAGCACAGCUUGUGUCGUAUAAAAACAAUGCAAAUGGCCUCACGCUAUCCCAAAGAUUUGGGCCUGAAGUCACCACGGUGGUGGCCCAUACAGAGGACUCAAUGAGUGAACCUGUCAUUCGACCAGCACGAGAAAGGACAGGUAAAAUAGAAGUUACCAUCAGUGACGACACAGAUCCAUACACAGAUUCGUCCCACAGGGUGAGGUAUUCAUUGGAUUAUAUGGUGAAUCUCAUGUACCAGCUUCCUGAACGCAUAAGAAAUAUAGCAUUGGUAGGAAACCUUCACAGUGGAAAAACAUCAUUUGUGGAUAUGCUUGUAUUACAAACACACGAAACCUUGACUCGAAAGCAAUCCAAAAACUUUGAACAAUUGAAGUUUACAGAUAACCACAUUUUGGAAAUAAAAAGAGGAAUGUCCAUUAAGGCUGCUCCAAUAACACUUUUGUUGCCAGAUACCAAUGGCAAGUCUUACAUUUUCAACAUCCUUGAUAGUCCUGGGCACAUGAACUUCAUGGAUGAGACAAUUGCUUCGUUAGAGGCCAGUGAUGGAGCUGUUAUUGUUCUUGAUGUGGUUGAAGGCCUUACUUUUGCAGAUAAGUUCGUGAUCGAUGAGAUUAUGAAGAGAAACUUGAAGUUUUCGUUAGUUCUCAAUAAGAUCGAUAGAUUGAUCUUGGAAUUGAGACUCCCAGUAAGCGAUGCAUACUACAAGCUACAGUACAUUAUAGACAACAUCAACAACUAUAUCUCAAACAGCGAGUAUAGUGCCUCGUAUGCCUACGACCCCAUACUAUCACCUGAGCGAAAUAAUGUAACGUUUGCAUCUUCAACCUUACAAUUCUGCUUCAACUUGAACAGCUUUGUUCAGCUUUACUUUGACGCCAAAGAUAUAACCACUAUUGAUAAAGAGGUUUUUGCAAGACGAUUAUGGGGAAACAAUUACUACAACCCCGAGUCCCAUAAGUUCACCAAAGAUUCCAAGGGUGGAUCAUUAUCAAGAACGUUUAUUCACUUCAUUCUCGAGCCCAUUUACAAGAUCAUCACCUACACUAUAACCAGAGACUCUAACUCGGAGUUAUUACCCACGCUCUUGAAGGACAAUUUCGGUAUCUCGUUCACUGCUAAACAGUUGAAGAACAACUCGCAAAUGCUCUUACCCGAAAUCUUCCUUGCAAUAUUUCCAAGCGGUAACGGGUUUGUUAAUAUGGUCACAAACAGCAUCUAUUCACCUGCUGAGGCUAUCAAACCAGUUUCUGUGGUGUUCCAGGAACCAGUAUCGCAGGAUAAGGUUAUUGCACAUAUCGUUAAGCUCAUCGAGUCGUCAGACGGAGAAUCAUUUUCUGCCUUGGUCAGAAUCCACCAAGGAACUUUGAAAGUUGGAGACCAGGUGAAUGUUAUCAGUGACACUUUUAAAACAGAAACAGAAGUACACCUCCAAACCGUGUCCGAGAUUCAUAUACCUGGUGGAAGAUACAAGGUACCGGUCAAUGAAGCCAGUGAAGGGUUUCUUGUCAUUGUGAAAGGAAUCGAAACCAGCAUCAACAAACACGGAUAUAUUUUUGACAAGUCGAUUGGUGUCAGUGACAUCAAAGAUACCAAAUUCAUUGACUACACGAGCGAAUCGGUUCUUAAAGUUGCUGUGGAACCGAAAAACCCAUCAGAGCUACCAAGACUUGUAGAGUCAUUGAAGAAACUAAAUAAGGGGUAUUUGUCGAGUGUGGUGAAGCUUGAAGAGAGUGGUGAGUACGUUGUUUUCGGGACUGGAGAAGUUAUACUUGAUUGUAUGCUUCACGACAUCAGGAAUUUCUAUGAAGACGGAUUGGAAAUCAGGGUUAGUGACCCUAUGGUUAAGUUUAGUGAAACAGUGACGGAGAUGUCUGUCACAAAGAUCUCCAGUACCAUCGGUGAUAUUUCCAUGUCCAUAAUAGCUGAACCCAUCAAUAACGAAGCAUUGAGCAAAGCCCUAGAAGCUGGGAAAAUUGACUUGAACCAACCUAUAAAAACAGUCUCUCGGCAACUUCGAAACGACUUUGGGGUAGACCUGCUCGAAGCUCGGUCAGUCUGGAGCUAUGGGCCCCACGACCAUAAGCAACCGAGCAUUUUAGUGGACGAUACGUUGGAAGCUGAGACGGAUAAAAAGGCCCUAUACACAAUCAAACAGGCCAUUGAAAUGGGGUUCCAGUGGAGCUGUAGCGAAGGUCCGUUGUGUGAUGAGCCAAUCAGAAAUACCAAGUUUAAAAUACUUGACAUCGACUUUAAUGACACCGCAGACAUUCAAACCAACACUGCCCAAAUAAUUCCGUUAACAAGGAGAGCCUGUUACACAGGAUUCUUAACUGCUAGUCCUCGGUUGAUGGAACCAGUAUACAAGGUGCUUGUGACGUGCUCGUCUAGAGCAAACCAUUUGAUUGCAAAACUCCUUAACGGCAGAAGAGGUAAAAUUCACACCAAUGACGCAAUUCCUGGAACUCAGCUUUUCCAGCUAGAGGGAAUUGUACCAGUUAUCGAGUCGAUUGGCUUUGAAACAGAGCUUAGAUUACAAACCCAAGGUCAGGCCAUGUGUUUGAUGAAGUUCGACGGAUAUUCAAUGGCCCCAGGAAACCCAUUAGAUGAUGAGGUUUAUUUACCGGAGUUGAAGCCGGUUCCCAUGGAGUCAAUAGCUCGGGAUUUUGUUCUCAAAACAAGAAGAAGAAAGGGUCUCACUGGAGAAGCCAGUUUACACAAGUACAUCGACCCCGAGCUCUACGAGAAGUUGAAGUCUAUUGGGUUGAAAUGAAUCUUACAUUAUACAGGCCAAAAAUAAUACAAAACUGGUGUUUUUGACUAUUCACCAUCUAUUCUUGCUUUUUUGAAUUUAUUGUCGUCAUUAGAGUCAUUCACAUUGGCAUUUUUAUUGCUGCCAGCAUCACUGCUAUGCCUACGGCGUCUGGCGAAACGGUUGCUGUGUACACUUUCAAAACCAUGACCACGUCGAAUCGAAUCGUUAAGGGCAUUGAAGUCGGUGAUAAAUCGAGGUUGCACGGAGAUGCUAAAAUUUAAAUGGCUGAAAUUCAAAUCUUCGCUGGCCGUCUUGUAGGUUAAUGCAUUGAACAUUUUGGUGAAGUCAUUAAUUAAAAUGUUCCGGGUAUAAAUGUUGUCUUCAGAGAUCUUGAUACCAUUAAGCUCGGGGAUUGUCAACACCAACUCGUCCAUCUUGGUGUAAUUAUGGAGCUCGACCAAGUCGUCGUCAGUGCGGAUGAUUUCAAACAACUCGCCAAUCGAGCUUUCCAAAAGACUGGUGUUUUCAAACAAUGCCAUCAACGGAACCAAGCGUUCGAACUGGACCAUCUGGUCUUCACUAAGCAGCAAAAGGAGAAACUGGGUAUCCUCUAUUGUUAGCACAAUCGGCACCUUCUUGGUCUCGAUCUCAAAUGGGAUUAGCGAAUUGGAUGUACCGACUGCCAUGUCCGAGGAAUUAAUCAUCAGCUGGGGGUGCUGCAGUCGGGACAUUGGAGCUUGUUCAAGACCCGCUUGCAGCGGGUCAUGGGGUUUGGCCAAGGUUCGGUGGUCUAAGUUAUCAAGGGUUGAAUUAGCUUCUCUAGGGCCGUUGAAGUUGUAUUUUCUGGCGUAAGCAGCAGCAACAGGUUCACUUCCGCUAGAGUGACUAAUAGGUGAAAAAGCUCUUGAAGCGUUGGAAGAGUGACUGCUAUUAGCUAGGGGUUGUUUCAGGUGGGGGCCAGGUUCUGUGUCGGAAUGUGUUUUAUCUGAAACGACUCCUUUAAGCAGUCUAGCUUUAUUUAACAUUUCAUUUGUAUUAGAUCGAUAAAAUUACUAACCUUACCAAGGUGGUUUUAUAGGAGAGUGCUUAAGAGUCGAUAGCAAGUAAAUAGUUGCGAUUCUGUAUAAAAUAUAAUUUCGCUAAAGCUAUCGCGGCGCGCGCAGGCUCAACACUUUAUAUGGAGGAAAUAGCAAUCCUUAGGUGCUCGGCCGAACCAAAACCUUGAUUUGCUAUAAUUGAAUAAGCUGCUCGAACAAACGUUUAGAGAGGCUUUCAAAUAGGGUUUAUGGAACCCAAACUUUGAAGGUUUGUGGGGUCUGUAAGGAUGGUGGCUUCAUUGAGGGAGUGCUGACAUUUUCGGCUUCACUAUCAGUAGUGGCUUCGGUGGUACUAUUGUCUUCGGCAAGCGAAGAUUUCAAAGGUUUGAACAUUAGUGAUUUUAUUUCCGUCAAAGUCGAUCUCAAUUCCGACGCAUCCACACUGUCUUUUGAAGAUUCCACACUGGAGAUGAGGUGGUUCAAUUUCUUGGUGAUGGAGAUGAUGGAAUUGGAAAGAUUGAGACGAUCCACAAAGAUCUCUUCCUGUUGCUUCAAUAUGAUUUUGUGCUGGGUCUCGUAGAUUUUUUCUAGUUUGUUGAUUCUUUCGAGUUUCAAAUUGACUUUGUUCAUUUCCUGAUUGAGGACGGUUGAUGUAAGCCUAUUAAUUUCUCUUUCUUCGUAGGUCCUGAACAAGUGUGAUUUGGAUGCAACCAUAGCAAACAACGUCGAGUUGAUGUCUUCGACGGAGGUGGAAUCCUCCGACUUGGUGUGCAAUUCUUUCAACGAAUCUGAUAAUGACUCCUUCAAGGAGUCCACCACCGAUUCGUCUGCGCCUUCAGCAGCUUGUUCCACUGAACCAUUCUCUUUGUGAUCGGGUUUUCCAUCCGAUUCUUCGGUGUCGUCGUCAUCGUCGUCCUUGGGCUCAAUUAUCAUAUCUUCAAAUUCGUUCUUCGCUGCUUCUUCUUCCUCAUCCUUUUCAAUAUUUUCUGGCUUGGAGUCUUCUUUUGACGCCCUUUUUCCAAGUUCUUUCUCCUUAGUCUCUACCUGCUCGAUCUUUUCCAAGAUCUUUUCAUGCAUGACCUUAGAUGCCCUUUCACUAGCGGCUUUGGCCACGUCACUAUCGACCAACUGGGUCAUGAAAAUCAAAUUGUUGAUGAUGGGGUUUUCGGUCGAGCUGGUUGGAAAAUUGGAUGAGUACUUCAACAAACUGAAAUCAUUCAGUGAUAAACUCUUGAAGCUAUCUUCUAUGGGCAUCUUCAAAAAUUUUAGUAUACACUCUUGAGGAGUUUUGGUACCCACAUGUUUAGAGAUUUGAAACCAGUCAUUUUUAUGUAGUUUGAUACCUUUCAACAACAUUUUCAAUUCGUCUUCAGUCCAUGAAUCCUUAGGCUUUUUACUGGGCUCUUCAUCCUCAAAUUCAAGUUUACGCUUGUUGUCUCCCGAUUCAUCAAGAGUUGAAGCCGUUAACUUUAUAU